AUGGAAAAUUAUUUAAAAGAUAGUCCAUCUGAUAACAAUGCUACUUCAACUGCAAAUAGUCAAUCAAACAAUUAUGAUCAAUAUAGAUAUAAUCCACAAUUUAAUGAUAAUUUAAAUAAUAAUUUUGAAUUUAAUUAUGAUCAAAAUCAAGAAGGUAAUAAUGAUUUCUCAUUAAAUUUAAAUUACACAGAUUAUAAUCAAAACAAUAACAAUAACGAUUGUAAUAAUCAACAAUCUAACUUCAAUGCAAAUAAUUUAACCACUGGUGAUUAUUUAAGCCCCAUGGGAUUUUCAUAUAGUCAACAACAAGAUUCAAACUACAACACUAAUAAUCAAAAAUUUUCAAAUCCUGGCUCAUUUAAUGAACCCUUCUUCGAUGAUGUUGCAUUUUCACAAGCUAUAUUAGCACCACAAUUAUCAAACAACCCAAGUCAAAGUCAAAAUUCAAAUUUAUCACCUACAUUGUCUCCUCAACAACAACCAUUCAUUAAUCCUAUGACUACAUCUGCAAAUUUAGAUGAAAUUAUAUCACCAAAUAAUUAUGAUGAAUCAAAUUCAUUUUUAAAUCCACAAUAUUUUUCACCACCAAAUAAUAAAGGUAAUCAUUUUAAAUCAUUAAAUUCAAUAGCGGAAGACACAACAUAUCAAGAUAAUUUUAGUCCUGAAUAUUCAAGACAUGGAAGUAUAAGUGGUCCAUCAUAUAAUCAACAACAAAACUACAACCAAGCUCAAAAUCUUCAACCAGAUAUAGUUUCCGGUUCGUAUUUAUCACCACAAUUUAAUCCACCAUCAUUUGUAUCAUCGGGUAAUAGACCAGAUAGUUCUUAUUUAAAUUCACCACCAAAUUAUCCAAAUCCAAAUCAAAAUUUUAGUUCUUCAAUUCCAAAUCCACCAACAAGUAUAAAAUCAGAACAAUGGAAUACAUUAUCACCACCACCGAGCUCAGGAACAUUAAGCACUUCAGUGCCAAAUCAACAACAAUCAAAGGAAAAUAUUCCAACUAAACAAUUAUCAAAAGAGGAGAAAUUAAAAAGAAGAAGAGAAUUUCAUAAUGCAGUAGAAAGAAGAAGAAGAGAUUUAAUAAAAGAAAAAAUUAAAGAAUUAGGGAUAAUUGUACCUCCAUCAUUGUUGAAUCCACAAUUAAGUGCUGUACAAUCAUUACAAAGAAAAACACAGAGUAAAAAUGAUAAUUCGAUAGAUUUACAUGAUUUGAAUGAUAUUAUAAGUUCAGUUAAAGUGAAAGAGACUAAGCCGAAUAAAUCUACUAUUUUGAAUAAAUCUGUUGAUUAUGUAAAUCAUUUGAAAUAUGUAUUGGAACAACAAGAAAUAGCGAGGGAUAAAUUGGUUAGACUGAUUGAUUAUUAUGAAGGGUUAUUAAAUCAAAAACAAAAUCAAAUUCAACAAGGAGCAAAUAAUAAUAAUAAUAUUCAAAUGAAUUAUAACCCUGAUGAUUUUUUUGCUGAUUUGGGUACUAGUACAGACAAUUUUUGA